GUUCCCGAGGAGGCCGUGGCCACAGCGCCUCAGACAGCUGGAGGUGGCAGCAGGAGCCACCUUGCUGUGUCCCCGCCUGCCACUGCCCACCAGGAUGCCCAGCCGCUGGCCCCCGCUGGUGCUCGCGUCCCUGCAGCUCCUCGCUGCUUGGUCCCUGCCCCGAGAGUACACGGUCAUCAACGAAGCCUGCCCCGGUGCCGAGUGGAACAUCAUGUGCAGGGAGUGCUGCGAGUACGGCCAGGUGGAGUGCGUGUGCCCCGGGAGGAAGGAGGUGGUGGGCUACACCAUCCCCUGCUGCAGGAAUGAGGAGGACGAGUGCGAUUCCUGCCUGAUCCACCCAGGCUGCACCAUCUUUGAAAACUGCAAGAGCUGCAGAAACGGCUCGUGGGGGGGCACCCUGGACGACUUCUACGUGAAGGGGUUGUACUGUGCUGAGUGCCGCGCAGGCUGGUACGGCGGAGACUGCAUGCGCUGCGGCCAGGUGCUGCGCGCCCCGAAGGGUCAGAUCUUGCUGGAGAGCUACCCGCUGAACGCGCACUGCGAGUGGACCAUUCACGCCAGAGCCGGCUUUCUCGUCCAGCUGAGGGUCGUCAUGCUGAGCCUGGAGUUCGACUACACGUGCCAGUACGACUACAUCGAGGUCCGGGACGGGGACAGCAGCUCCAGCCGGGUCAUUAAGCGCUUCUGCGGCAACGAGCGGCCGGCCCCCCUCCGGAGCACGGGCGCUACGCUGCAUGUCCUCUUCCAUUCCGACGGCUCCAAGAACUUCGACGGCUUCCACGCCAUCUUCGAGGAGGUCACAGCAUGUUCCUCAUCCCCCUGUCUCCAUGACGGCACGUGUCUCCUGGACAAAACCGGGUCUUUCACGUGUGCCUGCCUGGCAGGCUACACUGGAUCACGCUGUGAGAGCGUCCUUGAAGAAAAAAACUGCUCAGACCCUGGGGGCCUAGGCCACGGGUACAGGAAGGUGACAGGGGGCCCCGGGCUCGUGGAUGGGCGCCUGGCCAAGGUGGGCACCGUCGUGUCCUUCUUCUGCAACGGCUCGUACGUCCUCAGCGGGAGCCUGGAGAGGACAUGCCAGCCAGACGGACGGUGGUCGGGGAAGCAGCCCGUCUGCAUAAAAGCCUGCCGAGAGCCGAAGACCUCAGACCUGGUGCGAAGGAAGGUUCUUCCGAUGCAGGCUCAGUCCAGGGAGACGCCACUGCGCCAGCUCUACCUGGCGGCCUUCGGCAAGCAGGACCCGCAGGGCGCCCCUGCCAAGAAGCCUGCGCUCCCCUUCGGAGACCUGCCCGCCGGGUACCAGCACCUGCACACGCAGCUGCAGUACGAGUGUGCCUCGCCCUUCUACCGCCGCCUGGGCAGCAGCCGGAGGACGUGUCUGCGGACCGGGAGGUGGAGCGGGCGGGCCCCGACCUGCAUCCCUGUUUGUGGGCAGGUGGAGAAUAGCACUGCUCCGAAGACCCAAGGGCCACGCUGGCCGUGGCAGGCUGCCGUCUACCGGAGGGACAGCGGGGUGCGCGAGGGCGGGCCGCCCACGGGUGCGUGGGUCCUGGUCUGCAGUGGUGCCCUGGUGAACGACCGCACCGUGGUGGUGGCCGCCCACUGUGUCGCCGGCCUAGAGAAGGCCACCGCCGUCAGGGCCACAGACCUCCAGGUCGUCCUGGGGAAGUUUUACCGGAGCGAUGACCGGGAUGAGAAGACCGUCCAGAGCCUGCGGGUCUCUGCCGUCUUCCUGCACCCCAGCUACGACCCUGUCCUGCUCGACGCCGACAUCGCGGUCCUGAAGCUCCUGGAUAAGGCCCGCCUCGGCACCCACGUCCAGCCCGUGUGCCUCGCAGCCCCGCGGGACCUCGGCGCGUCCUUCCAGGAGCUGCGCAUCACUGUGGUCGGCUGGAACAUCCUGGCAGACGUGGGGAGCCCCGGCUACCAGGACGACAGACUGCGUGUGGGGGUGUUCAGGGUGGUGGACUCGCUGCGGUGUGAGGAGCUGCACGAGGAGCGAGGCGUCCCCGUGAGCGUCACCGACAGCCUGUUCUGUGCCAGCUGGGACCCCAGCGCGCCCUCCGACAUCUGUCCCGCGGAGACUGGGGGUGUGGCGGUGGCAUCCUUCCCGGGCCGUAUGUCCCCGGAGCCACGCUGGCACCUGGUGGGGCUGGCCAGCUGGGGGUAUGACAAGGGAUGCAGCCACGCCCUGCCCACGGCCUUCACCAGUGCGCUGCCCUUCCGAGACUGGAUCGAGAGGAACAUGAAGUGAGCCGGCUCCACCCGUGUGUGCCGAGUGUGUGUGCGUGAAGGGCUCUGGCCUGGGAACGGCCUGAGGGCUUUGAUUUCAGGGCCAGGCCAGGCAGGGGUAGAACUUGGUCCCUGCUCAGCGGCUGCUGCCCCGACUGCUCCAAAAACCAGUUAGAUGCCACCAAGGCCCACGAGGGCCGAGUCUCUUCAUGGAAGACCCUGUGAGCUGAGAGGGACACCUCUGUCCAGACUCUGGUCGCCUUCCCGUCCACAGGUCCACAGGGAUGCAGGCGUCAGGGUCGCUCUGGCCGAGGAGUGACCCCAGGAGGUCCGUGCUGCACAGGGUCCCCUGGGAGGCUCCAGUCAGGCCAAGCUCCAAAGUGCUGCCUGGGCCGGCCCUGGGCAGCAGGGCCUGGGGGGCAUGUGGUCGCGUCUGCCCGGGGCAGUCUGGGCCUGUCCCUCCUAAGUGUUUGUUUUUUCAAUAAAACAAGGGUUGACUUUUGGCCUGGUAAGCCAGUGCCACGA